AUGUGGGGAAGCGUGGGGCGGGAGAUCAGCAACAGGGAUUACCCACCAUCGCCCAUCUCAGCAACGUCUUACUCAAGCCCACCUCGCAACCACCAAGUAUCAGCCGGCGGUCUUCAAGUCCGUUGUAUCGGCCUCUCCGCCAAGUUCAUCGAAGCAGGUUGCGGCGAUCUAAUAAUCCUCUACAACAGCGGGCGCUUCCGCAUGGCCGGCCGCGGAUCACUCGCAGGACUGAUGCCUUACUCCAACCCCAACAAUGUCGUCGUCGAGAUGGCGUCAGAGGUGCUACCUGCCGUAAAGAGCACACCGGUGAUAGCGGGGGUCUGCGCAUCUGACCCAUUCCGCGACAUCUCCAGAUUCCUAAGAGAGCUCAAGGACCUCGGCUUCGCGGGUGUGCAAAACUUCCCCACCGUAGGGUUGAUCGACGGCCAAUUUCGGCGAAACCUUGAAGAGACGGGCAUGGGCUUUGGGCACGAGGUCGAGCUCGUCCGGCUAGCGCAUGAGAUGGACAUGCUGACGACACCCUACGUCUUCGACGCUGGCCAGGCAAGGAAAAUGAGCGAAGCAGGGGCAGACAUCCUUGUCGCCCAUAUGGGGCUCGCGACCUCGGGAUCUAUUGGCGCGACGAGUGGAAAAAGUCUCGAUGACUGCGUUGCUCUUGUUCAGGAGAUUCGGGACGCGGCUGUGGAGAUCAAUAGGGGAAUAUUUGUGCUGUGUCAUGGUGGACCGAUUGCGAAGCCGGAAGAUGCGAAGUACGUGUUGGAGAGGUGUAAAGGCGUGCAUGGAUUCUUCGGAGCGAGUAGUAUGGAGAGGCUGCCGGUUGAAGAGGCCAUUACGGGGGUUACGAAAGAGUUCAAGAGCCUCAAACCGGGUGGUGCGGGGUGA